AUGCUCUACUCCUACUCCAGCUUCUCGCUCCGCUUCAACCAUGCAACCAGCGACACUGAAGACUGGACAAUACUCGAACAGCGGCUAAAUGGAGCUGCGUCCAAGACGAUGCGCUGGAGAAACACCACCUUGGUCUCUCAAUUCACCUGUCAGUCGAGUGCGGCUGGCCCUUCUACACACGGUCCAUCCACACCAUCGAUUCAUGGCUCAGGGUUCAACCGCGAGACUAUCUGCACCGUUCAGAACCUGUGUGUCGAUGCUGAGCGAGGUGCAUGGAUCCAUCCUGCAAAGGAUUCAGAGGAGUUUCCUUUGAUCAAUGUCGUUGCGGCCGACCCUGGAUCCGACUCUUACUAUCGACCAGCCAUUAUGGAAGAGUUCCCCGCUUCGACGUAUCGCUUUAUGGAUGAGACCAUUUUCCUUUACGGAAGAGAUCCGACGCAUAGGCCGACAUGGAUCUUGAACAGCUUGCUGCCUUUGCACAGUGUCAUGUCGAGCUUCGGUGGAUCGCGCACGUCGUGGUUUAUGCGUGUCACUGGACAGGAAAAGAAGGACAGUGAGCGCAAGAAGCAGUUCCGGACUCAGGACAACAGCGAUUUGGACCUCGACACAUAUCUCCUCGCACCCUUCGGACGGGAAAUCAUUCUGGAUCCCAAAAAGAACAGGCCAUUGACAGGACACCAGAUCAACGCUCCAUCAAAGUCAUACCCUACUUGUUUCGCCAAGGCCAUCAUCGGACUUCAGUCAAGAUGCAGCCGUCCCUACUGCGAGAAUACAAUCGGAGGAAACGACCUUAUCAGCGCACUCAGGACCAAAGUACUAGGCACACUCUCCACUUCCAUGAUCCGAUUCCAAAAGACCGACCCCAACAUUGUCCAUCCACUCACAGGAGAGACUGUCCCCGUCGUUUCGAACACCAACUUGACGGUCGUGGGCGGAGAGUCGGCACCGCGAUCCAAGAUCAAUGUCGCCCUUUUGGGUCGAUACGGCAACACCAGCAUUCCCAACGCUAACACCCUUGAGCUGUCUCUGCUGGCCAGAGGGUUUUCAGUUCAGACCAUUCACCUCGACUACCCUGACCAGAUCAGUGCUGCCCAUGCUGCUCAACUUUUCGCCAAUCAGAGCAUUUUGGUCGCACCACAAGGAGAGGCGUUGGGAUACUCUACAUGGAUGCGCCAGGGUACUGUCGUGAUUUCGAUCCUACCACGGUUCACGAGGUCAAGCAAGAUUUACACGGAUCGGAUGAUGGCAUUCGGAAAGCGGUUCUUUGCAUGGGACUGUCAGGAUGAGAGUUGCGUCCAGCCCGAUCGUGAUCUUGCCCACGAGUGUAUCGAGGCUAUUCAGGAUUCAUAUGAGCGGGAGCAAGGGAUCACAGCGGCCGAGUUUGAGCAGUUUGCGAACAUGAACCAGGACUUUAGGCAGCGGUCAGUGACCUGGAAGGCGAUUGCGGAUUGCUACACCAAGGAGGUCAGCAGGAGAUUGAAUGCCGAGGAGCUCACUGUGUUGAUCGAGACCCUGGCCAAGGACUUUACAUUUGGAGAUGUCAAGCCGGUCGAGACUACAGAGCCCGUCACCAAGAGGUCCCUGAUCCGCCGUGGAAUUGAUGAGGAUGACGAUGAGGGUUCAGAGGACGAUGAAGAGGAGCUGGACACUGAGCAGUCUGGAGAGAAUCCAGGCGAACAGGAUGAGGUCGAUGAAGGAAUCACCACCACAGGCUCUCACGGUAGUGCAGAAGAAGAGAGCUUGGACGAGGAAGGCACUGUGCGGAUACAGGGUGAGAAGAAGCCAAACCAAGAUGAUGAGCAAGGAGGAAGCAACGACGAUCAGGAGGAGGAAGAGGAGGAUGUCAACGUCCACGAGUAUGAUGUCCAGCCUGCAUCAAAACCAGACGAUGAGACAACACCCGCGAAACCAGUAACACCAAUACCGGAAUCUGAAAAGGCACCAGCACCAGCUCUACCAUUAGCUCCAAUACUAGAGUCAGAACAAGGACAGCCUAUGACGCAAAAGCCAAGUGCUGACACCACCAACACCAACAUCAACAACGUGCAGUCGAUGCACGCUCAGCCAUCACUUGGAUUUGCCGAGUUUUGCCAACGGGGUCACUGCUGCGGGUCGGCCAAGAUCUCGGAGAAGGAGGUUAUUGGAUUGAACGGAGGCAAGGGUUUGACGCCCUGUGCGGCUAGCAUGUCGGUGUUAGUGUUUGGGGCUAAGGGUGUUUGGGGCCAGAUUGACGAGUCGACGAUUAAGGAGAGCCAGAGCCUUGUCUGGCAGGUCGAUCUUGGACGCCACCAACGCGUCUAA